GUACAUGUGUUAGCCAAUUUGACUUCUAGGGCACACAUCUAACACUGUGGCUGCCUUCUGUUGCUGCUGAAGUGUGCCAUGAUCUGCUUCUCUAAUUGUUCGAAAGAAUGGAUCGAAUCCGGCUGUAGAUUCGAGUACCAGACCUGGGCGGACUUCUUGAGAGUCGUCGAAAAAGCAAGAUAGAGGGCAUCUGUUGUCCCUUGGAUCAUCAUGAGUCUUGUAGCUCUCGAGGUGGUCGAGUGGGUCGAAGGUGCCGUCGAAGGGCUCUAAUUGUGUGGCAUCUUGAACCGAGGGGGGAUCGAUUCUUCCAUGAUUUUCUUAGAGAAAAGAGGAUGGUGUUUAACUCGAGACCAUCCGUCUGGCCUUUGUGGUCCUUCUGCAACUUCGUAAGCAUCGAUCGAGCUCUUGGAGCUUUCGAUUGUACUCGUUUAGUUGAAGAGAAUCAUUAUGAUGUCAUAUCUCGGAGUCGAGUCUCCAUCAGGCGAUCCAGAUUGGGACUGAUGAUGCUUAUCCUACAAAUUUUGAUGCUAAGAUGCUCGUCGGACUGGAGGAUUGGGGUGACGAGACUAUUGAGUAGGCUGAGAUUGCUAGUUGUGGUAGGAUGUAGUAGUGGGAAGGCCUUUCUCCUUAGGCUGUGAUUGCUACAUCGCUGCUUAUUGGAGGCCUUGGACGACGGUCAUCAAGGUUUGGACUCAUUGCAGGAGUGUGACAAACUACUGUUGGCAAGGUUUGCCUCUCGAUAUCAAACCUCGUACCAGUAAAAUUCUACUAAAUAUUGAUACAUGGUUCAGUACGGUAUGGUAGUGUCGGUAUGCUCCGAAACAGCAUAUUGGUACGAGAUCGGUACGGUAUAGUAAGGACAGUAUGAGGCGGUACGGCAUUCCAUGACUGCUGGUCUGCCACCACGAUUGGGUGGGAAGACAGGCUCAGCUUGCUGAGUAGUCCGUUCCUUCUUUCGUGAGGAAUGCUGACUAGAGUUGGCCGAAGUGUUCCGUGCUCUUGUUCUCACCAUUUCUACCUGGUGCACCAAUCUAUUGUUGCAGAGCUUAGGUGGUGUCACAUCGGGAGGUCGGUUCGGUGUGCCCCAAGAUGCAAGCCACCCUCUACGGUCGGGGGAUCUGCAAGGAAAGUCCUCUCGCCAAAGCAUGUCUGAUGGGGAUCCUCCGAUGCUUAAGUCAGCCGAAGCUUAGAAAAUAGUUCAAAAAAGGAAGAAAUGUGGGUAAGAGCCUUUUCCUAGUUACUUGAAGGUCCCCUGCUUACCUUUUUUAUAUUGAGAGGUUGUGGUGGUUGUUUCGCUGGACACUGAUAGGCUGUCAGUGCCUAGGAGCCCACUACCUAAUAGGCUGUUGGGAUUUUGUCCACUAUCCCGUGAUCUGAGUUGUUAGUCAUGGAUGUUGAUCGUGGGUCGUGCCCACUCCCCAAAGGUGGUUAGAGAAUCUCAGAGAUUGUCCGGAUGGCCAAGUGGGCUGGGAACCUAGGGUGAGGUUCUGUCUAGGAUCACUCACAUAAGUCGUCGGGUGUUGUUGGGCAGGUCUCGAUCUUGAGAUUAGUAAGUGACCGAGGUGAAGGUUGGGUGGAGGUUGAUCUUGUAGCACCGUCUUAUCUCGGGAGGUGAUCUGGUCUUAUUGGGCCAUUAAUGGGUGCUCGGCUUCGUCCCAGGAAGUAGAGCUUGUGUCCAAUAACGGGUAAUCCCCCUAACAAUCCUCAAAAAUUGUGUAAACAAACAAAGGAUAGAUUCACGUCUUCUACCAUCACUUGGAGUCUUGGAUUAUCCAAACAUAAGACAAUAGCAUUCACAAUAAACCUUCUUAGAGUUUCAAGGAAACACGUCUGAGUGGAAGUCCAAUCCUCAUUGAUGUGAAUGCAUCAAACUGAAAUAGGAAAAUCAUGAAAAAAAGAAAAAGGCUAUCAACUCUUGCAUAUAAAGAUGCCAUAAUCUUGAUGUCAAAGUGCAGACUGUUCCUACUUGUAUCUCAUAAGAAAUCAAGUUUCUUAAAUAUUCUAGUAUCCACAACACUAGCUUCCAAAUUUGAGUAGCUUUAAUGGCCAUCUGACAAAUGUUUUGCAGGUUUAAUAUGACUCAGGGACCUGUUAUAAUUUUCCCACUAGUUUAUGGUUUCUGAUGAACUGGUUCACUUCCACCUUUGCAAAAUAUACUGACACCACUAGUUAUGAAGUAAGAUGACCUGGAAGAGUUAACUCUCAGAAAUGCUGCCUGCAGUAAAAAUCUUCUGAACGGUGCUUGCGUGAACCAUUGUUAGGAUUGUUCUCUCAAAUCUUGAUAAUGGAAUCUUUAGAUGUCAAAACAUGCCUCCCAACCUCCACCAACUCUGCCUAUUGGUACAUAUGUACUUCAACAAUGUUUAAUUAACAACUUAAUGAGAUGUAAUAUUAAUACUUUAUAAGCGACAGAAAAAAAAAAAGGCUAUAGGUUAAUUUGAUCAACAGUUAUCAUCACAGGGGCACCAGCUGUUAGAAUUUCAUGAAUUUAAGUUCAUAUCAAUCCAUUUUGUAAUUGGCUCAUUUGAUGACAGUUUACAGUGACCAAGGAGUUCCCACUUCAUUCCGUGUACCCUCUGGUGCAGUAAUUCCCUUUGGGUCAAUGGAGUCAGCACUUGAGAAGAAUGGUUCAUUAGAAUCGUUUCUAUCCUUGGUAGAACAGACAGAGACUGCCAAACUUGAAAAUGGUGAACUUGACAAAUUAUGCUUUGAGCUUCAAUCAUUGGUUUCAGCCCAAUACCCAUCUAAUGAAACUAUUGAAGCUAUUGCCAAAAUCCUUCCAAAUAAUGCUCGCCUUAUAGUGAGGUCCAGUGCCAAUGUCGAGGACUUAGCUGGUAUGUCUGCUGCAGGAUUGUAUGAAUCAGUCCCAAAUGUCAGCCUUCUGAACCAGAGUGUUUUCAGAGCUGCUGUUGGCCGGGUAUGGGCUUCCCUCUACACCAGAAGAGCCAUUCUAAGCCGCCGGGCAGCUGGUGUACCCCAGAAAAAUGCUAUGAUGGCUGUUUUGGUGCAAGAGAUGAUGUACCCAGAUCUCUCCUUUGUGCUCCAUACCGUCAGCCCAACAGACCAUGAUCCCACACUCGUUGAGGCUGAGAUUGCACCUGGGCUUGGUGAAACACUUGCUUCAGGGACACGUGGCACUCCAUGGCGUCUUUCAUCAGGGAAGUUCGAUGGCAGAGUUAAGACCUUGGCCUUUGCGAACUUUAGCGAGGAACUUUUGGUGCUCAGUGCUGGCCCUGCUAAUGGAGAAGUAAUUCAUCUAACUGUGGACUACAGUAAGAAACCAUUAACCAUAGACUCCAUCUUCAGGAGGCAGCUUGGCCAGCGCCUCUGUGCCAUUGGCUUCUUUCUUGAGCAGAAAUUUGGGUGCCCACAAGAUGUUGAAGGGUGUGUGGUUGGGAAAGACAUUUUUAUAGUCCAAACAAGACCCCAGCUGUGACCAAGUAGAUCACCAUUAUACAGCUAGCCUUCUUUCAAUAGUGACAUCUUGCAGUUAGGUUGGAUGUGAGGCAUCUGUUGCCAUCAGUAUUUCAUCCACAACUCUGUACUUCAGCAUGGACCCUAGGUUUGUGCUGGACUAUAUUACAGGAAUUCAUUCGGAGUUUUAAUGUUAUCAUAUGUUCGGUUGCAUUCCUCUUGUUCUUUCAUGGUGCUGGAUUGCUGCAGUGCCCUCUUUAUGUUUUGGAGAUGCCUAUUCUAAAUAGGGAUGAUAAUAAUUUUCUGACUUGUGAGCAGUUUCAAGUAACUAUUCAUGCCAUCUAUGUACCAUUACUCCCUAUUGUAGCAAUCAAGAACAAUGUAUGAGUGUGAGUGGUGCAACAGAGUCUAAUUCAUCGGUAUUUACCUGUAAUUUGUAUGCUUUCGGUCUUAGUGGACCAAAUUUAUGGAUUUGUGAAUGAUAAUGUAUCAA